UGGCGGGCGGUGAUGUCAGGGCGGCGCCGCGCGGCGGGGCAGAGCGGGGCAGAGCGGAGCGCGGCGGGCAGCGGCCGGCGCCGCGGGUGCGCAGCGGUGAAAGACGAGUUCUUGGAGAGUGACGUUAAAUCCAAGGCUGUCCAAAUGCCAGCUCCCACCCUCCAGCCCGCCCAGCUCCGUAAGUAACCUUAACCGGGAACUUGCUGUUACUUUAAAUAAAAGCUCUCGUUGCCUCGUGCUGAAAGGUGCGAAAUUCUUCUGGAAGAGGAGGACGACACUGACACUCGGAGCUUGCUGGUGUUGCUGGCCAGUUUGGCAGGGAGCACAGAACAGGCUGAAACAGCGAAAGCCCACAGGAGCUUUCAGACUCGACCUGCAGAGGGACAGUGCCGCUGGGGAAAGUGACAAAGCCCUCACACAGUCCUGCUGCUGGAAGAAGACCUGGAGAAAGAUGCACUGAAGUGUCAUACAUCAAAGAAGAAAAGCUUGGAUCUCAUUUCGGUGACUGCUGUACCGCACAGUGAGGGAGAGGAGGAGAACUAGAGUGAAUUUGCUGUAGCUCCCAGUUCCUGCGGCGUUCCCUGCUAGCUCGCUGGUUGGUGUCCUCCAUUCCUGGACUUUGCUUGAUGGGGAUCUCUGCUGCAGGAGCUGUCUCUGCACUCAAAGGCAGGCGAGCAGGGGUAGGACAGGUCGCCUCUAGAUGCCGGAAAGGCCAUUUGUGUAAGCUCCCGGCAGAAGAGCUCUUCUGGAACAGCUGCUGGCUGUAGGCCCACCAAGCCGAAGGUCAGGAUAGCCUCUCGGCAGCAUGUCUUCCAAGCCAGAGCAGAAGGAGACCCACCAGGCCAAUGGGGCCGUGCUGCCCAUUGUGCCCGUGGACUGUCUCACCAGUCCGGACCGGGGGCAGCUGGUGCAGCCCUCGGAUUUCCUGGGACCUGACAGUGAUGGGGUAGAAGUGGUGGUGUUGGAGUCCCGUGCCAAUGCUAAAGGGGUGCGAGAAGAAGAUGCCCUUCUGGAAAACGGCAGCCAGAGCAAUGAAAGCGAUGACACCAGCACAGACCGAGGUCCUGAGCCAGCCUCGCCCCUCAAGGAGACCUCCUUUUCCAUUGGGCUGCAAGUCCUCUUUCCGUUCCUCCUGGCAGGCUUUGGGACAGUUGCUGCUGGAAUGGUGCUGGACAUUGUGCAGCACUGGGACGUCUUCAAAUAUGUGACGGAGGUAUUUAUCUUAGUACCUGCAUUACUGGGCCUGAAGGGGAACCUAGAGAUGACUCUGGCGUCUCGCCUGUCGACAGCUGCUAAUAUUGGCCAAAUGGAUACACCCAAAGAGCUCUGGAGGAUGAUAACAGGGAACAUGGCUCUGAUACAGGUUCAGGCUACUGUGGUUGGCUUCCUGGCCUCAAUCGCAGCAGUGAUAUUCGGAUGGAUCCCAGAUGGGCACUUCAGCAUUGACCAUGCUGUCCUGCUCUGUGCCAGCAGUGUGGCUACCGCUUUUAUUGCUUCCCUUGUUCUGGGCAUGAUUAUGAUUGGGGUCAUCAUCGGAUCCAGGAAGAUGGGCAUCAAUCCUGAUAACGUUGCCACACCAAUUGCUGCCAGCCUGGGGGAUCUCAUCACCCUGGCUCUGCUUUCAGGAAUCAGCUGGGGCUUGUACAAAGAGCUGGAGAGCAAAGCCUACGUGAAUCCUUUGGUAUGCGCCUUCUUCAUAGCUCUGCUGCCCAUCUGGAUCAUCAUUGCCAAGAAGAAUACAGCAACUCGGGAGGUGCUGUAUUCUGGCUGGGAGCCAGUCAUCAUCGCAAUGGCUAUUAGCAGUGCUGGGGGUUUAAUUUUGGACCGAACGGUCUCAGAUCCAAACUUUGCUGGGAUGGCUGUCUUCACACCGGUUAUUAAUGGUGUGGGUGGCAACCUGGUGGCAGUGCAGGCUAGUCGCAUCUCCACUUACCUGCACAUGAGCGGGAUGCCCGGAGAGAGCUCCGAAACAGCCCCUCGCAAGUGCCCCAGCCCCUGCAGCACUUUCUUCAGCUCAGAUGUGAAUUCCCGCUCUGCUCGCGUGCUCUUUCUUCUGGUGGUGCCUGGACACUUAGUUUUCCUUUACACCAUCAGCUCCAUGCAAGGUGGACACACUACGCUCACCCUGAUUUUCAUAGUCUUCUACAUGACAGCUGCGCUUCUCCAGGUUCUCAUUCUCCUGUACAUUGCUGACUGGAUGGUGCACUGGAUGUGGGGAAGGGACCUCGAUCCUGACAACUUCUCCAUCCCAUACUUGACAGCGCUGGGGGACCUGAUUGGAACAGGUCUCCUCGCUCUCAGCUUUCACAUCCUCUGGCUCAUUGGUGACCGGGACUCCGAUGUGGGAGACUAGCUCUCCCUGCUGCCCCCUAUUCUCACAGAUCUGCUCCUCCUUCCGUUUUGUUGUCGUUGUUUCUUUUCCUCCACCCUUGCUCUCCUUUGCUUCCUCCCCCCUACCCUGUCUCUCUUGAGACUUCCAUCUUUGAUACUGGAUUCUCAUUAUUUUCAAUGGGAACUUUAUGUGGUUUAUAUUUCAAGCCAAGAUUGUACAGAAGAUAAAUCUAGUUUUAGGAAGGACAGAAAAAGUGUAACGAGACAAUCACCAAGUGCAAUUUCAUAGUAGUUUUGUCUGAACCAAGGUUACAGUGAAGAUACUGAUCAGUCAGAUCACACAGGGAGCCCACCCUGUCCCAGUCACCAGAGGUGAAGGGCUGCUUUUUUCGCUUCAUAAGCGUUUUAAAUACUGGAGGUAAGGCUCAGACUAUUUUACUGAACAGGCACCUUCUAGCAAACCUCGUGGAUGAGGGCACGGGGUAUCUCCUGUCUUCUCUGCCCUGUCGCCGUCCUCCCUGUGUUCGCGCUCUGAAUCCCCCUCCUGUGCCUGGCAUCCAAAGCACGCGAGUCUCUGUUAGAGGGAUUAGCGAAGGUGGUGAGGAAGGGUCCUCUGUGCCGAAACACCCAUUCCUGCGUGCCCACGAGGAAAGCGAGUGAUCUCGGGUUUGAGGACUGCAGAGCCGUGAAAUCUGGCUGCGAGCAGGCUGGUCUCUGCUGACAGAUUUAGGCUCCCUUUUGCCAACCAUCUGGCAGCAUCUCAGACUGCAGGCUCCUUGUUCUGCCUCUCAUCGUGAACUGAGUUCAGCUACUGCUGCGUGCAAAGGGAUACGCUCUGCGCUUUGAAGAGGCAGUGAGCUCUCCCCAUCUGUCCUUCUCCCCUUCUGCCUGCCGCCGCUCCGCCGGCGGAUCUGCUGGAGCCCCCGUGGAGGCUGUGUGCGAGCCACUCCCGCGUGCUGGUAUGGGCGCAGCACUGUUUUCAUGGCAGCCUGCUCAGUUCGGUUGACUUUUUUGUUUCCUGGAGGGGUGGAUGGAAAAACAGAUCCUAUUUGGUGUGUUAAGAUCUUUUUUCAGUCGCUGAGUGUUGCUGACAAGCCCAUUGCAGCUGGGAAGAAGCCACCUAGUACCUCUCCCAGUUGAGCCUGAGGCAUUUCAAACUUGGGAGCAUCAGGGUCUUGGUGUCUCUUGGAAAAGGACAUCCACGUUCAGCUUCUGGAUUUCUCUGUAUGUGUAGGCGCCAGCUAGAAAACAGGUCGGUAGACGCAGUCAGAUUUCUGCAGCCCUGGUUCUUAGUGCGGCUCUGUACGGACUGUAGCGAAGGAACCCGCUUGCCCUUGAGCAGGGGUGCAAAAUCUGGCACCAGGGCUACAGCCCAGCCUGCGAGCGCAGGGUCCCCUGCUCUGGCUCUUUCCCCUUUGCUUUUUGUGCUGUUCAGCUCGGCGACGGCCGAGACGCCUUCCCUUCCCCUGCUAGUGCGUGUUGGAAGGACUCUCAUGCAGUCUGCAGUGGCGUCAUGAGAGAAAACCUGUUCGGCUGCGUGACUGAGGCGUUUGUAAAUGAUCGUCCUGAAUGCUGUCGGCACUCAAUGCUUUUUAGUUUUCCCAUUGGAUAUAAAUCAAUACAGUAAACUGAGUGCAGCUUGAUGUAAGCAGGUCUUAUUGACUUGGAAACUUCACCCAGUUAGACCAAGUUGAAAUGAUGUGCUCAAGCAGACAGCGCUAUUAAACAGGCUCUAAUGCAUGAAUAUAAAUUGAAGGCAUGAGUGUGCAUGGGGGGAAAGCUCGUAACAUCUGUCAACGAUAGGGAAAAUAGAGUAUAUCCCAUGGAGUCUAAUUUCAGUGCUGCUCUGCCCAAAGCUUGGGGAGCUGCCAGUAUCUUCUCAACAGCGUGGGGGAAUGCCUGCAGUAUUCGGCAUAGUAGCACCUUGCAUCCUGAUCCUGAAAUGACAGCGAAGCUCUCAUUUGAGUUCGCUGUGCAGGCCCGGGGUGCUGCGGUUCUGCCCCUGGGCUGGCCACUGCCCGUCCUGCGUAUUUGCAGCUCCAGAACAUAACCUGAAAGCUGCUGGAUUUGUGGUUGCCUGCUUUUCCUCUUGCUUUAAGUGUGUUCCCUGCAGCAGAACAGGGUCGUCCCUGAUAGGCCUAACUUCCUCCUCUAGGUUAACUUCUGUAUUUCUCAUUCAAACCGAUGCUUGUCAGUGUCUUCUGGCUUUCUGUCCCAGCAAGGGACAUCUCUGCUCAGCCGGAAGAAUGCUGCGAUGCGGUGCUGGGAAUGCUGAUCUUCAUCCGAAAUAAGGCCGGGUUGGAAGGUCUCUGCAAAGCCCUGCCUAAGUGCAGGUGGUGUUGCUUUUUAGGUAAGGAGCGAUUCAUUAGGAACAGUUCCUGCCUCCCCCAGAAAAGAGCUGAAUGUGCCCCUUAUGGUCCAGAUCAAGACCAAAGCUAGUCUGGGAUCAGGCGUUGUCCCAACCCAGAGGUCUGGUUGCAGAGCUGGUCCUUACUCUGGGGAUGAGUGUGUUGGAAAGGAAGGUCAGGAUUAGCGAGUGGUAAACCAGUUCUGGAAAGCCAUGGGAGCAGCUUUAGCCAAAGCAAACAGCAGUCGGGCUCUUGCCUGCUCGGGACCUCUCUGCCAUUGUAGAAGAAUCCUUUCCUGCUCCAGUGGGUGCGUACGGAGCUUUCCUGCUGCCGCCUGAGCCCUUCGUGGUGCUCCAAGGCGGAGGGGGGAUCCUGGCCCUGUCUGGCUGCUCGCUCUCAGACCCUCAGAAGAGCAGGUGAUAUAUUUUUGAGACGGCUUUCCCCCUUCUGCCUUGCUAACGUCACGGCAGGCUUGCUUUCCCCUUGCCCAUCUCCGCAACGCGUCCUUUGUGGCAGUAGCUCCGUGCCUCGUGCUCUCCGUCCCAUCCCAGCGACGUGACUUCUCGCGGGUCUCAUUCGGCCAAAGCUCUGUUCCAAAAAACAAAAAACCCAAACCAACCCUCGCACCCUACUGUACCGAGUCUCAGCCCGGGGACUUCUGGGGUAUUCCCUGCUGCUCGCCUGAUUUCUCUGCCUGAUGUUGAGGAAUAGAUAGGAGACUUCCUUCCGUCAACACUUAAGCUUUUAUAUAUAUAUAUCUUUUAUAUAUAUAAAAGCUUUAUAUAUAUGUAAGCUUUUCUAUAUAUAAAGCAUAUAUAAAAGCUUUUUUAUAUAUUUAUAUAUAUAAAUAUAUAUAAAAAUAUAUCUAUAAAGCUUUUAUAUAUAUAUAAAAAGCUUUUUUUAAUACAUAAAAGCUUUAAAUAUAUAUAUAUAUAUAUAAAAGAAAAAGGAACUUUCCUGGUCUUUUAGGUGUCCCGUCACUAUUUAGUUCCCCAAGAAAAGACUCCCCAGAGGAAGAAUCUACCAUUUAUGGUCUCCUGUAAAAAGAAGAGACCCAGAGGAGGUGGAGGGCCGUCACGCUGCUGGGAUGGUGCUGUCCGUACUUUCAGUGAGGGUCUAAGGUGUGUGCGGGGAGUAGGUCAGGGAAGAAUUUAAUUUAAAUUUGAAGAAUCUUGAUUGUCAAAAACAUUUCCCACGAGUUGCACUCAAAUGCAUGCCUACUAUACUGCUGCCUGCAAAUGAAAAAUACUGGUUUACUCUUUUUAUUAAAGGAAAAAGACUGUCUUAAUUAUUUAUAGUUCCUAUAACUGAAUUGACAGAUGUCAACUUAACUGAUAAAUUAUAUUUGGUUAAAUAAAGAUGACAUUUAUUUAUGUGGA